AUGAGCAUUGCCAACAUUCAAGACGACCCGGUCGCGUCUGAUCGAACAGCUUUUGACUCGGAGCAUCAACCAGCAACUAGGUCCACGCCACCUAUCUACAACAUUCCGAGUCCCAAUUGUACCCACAGUGGCAAAACCUUCGCGCAGCAACGAGCUGAAGGAUUCAUUGACUACUUCUGCGACAAGAAGGAGUGGUGGAAUUAUAUCUUCGCUCCUCCCAUCUCACUCGGGCUUGAUCAUACGAGUGAUGGCCGCAAAAAGAUGGCCGCUGCUGGGGCGGGGUAUUCCAUCCCGGGAACCGGCGAUUCGGUAUGGAUAGGGCUCAGAUUCUCUCGCGAUUCAUGCUCGGGAUUCUUUCCAUUUACCCUCGGAAAUACCGACGGUGAGAAGGCAGACCACUGCAAAAAGCGCUUUCGAGCCAUACUGAAUGGCUGUGGAACGGAUACAGUCACUACAAAGAAAGAGGGCAUGUUGGUCGAUGGAUGCCGGGUAUAUCAGAUAGCCGUCGCCGCAAAUAAUCCUUUCACUGUGGAUGAGUUGUAUAAAGAUCAAGGAGACUUGAUUUGCAAAGACAAUGACAAGAGCUUGAAGGGAACUUGUAUCUGCAACUACGCUGGUUAUCCUGGGCUUACUGAUGUCUUUGAGCGACCUGCGAGUAACUCGUGCGAGGCUGGGGAUGUUGACUUGAAGAAACUAGUCAUCAAUUAG